AUGCUUGCAGCAGUAGGACAAACUAUGGAAGCAAGUGGCGAUUUUACAGCUACAGUGAAAUUGUCAGUUGAUGAAACAAUUGCCAUACAAAGUUAUUUGGAUUUGAGUAAACAUGAUUUACGAUUUUUGAAAGCCAUUUUGGACGACAAAGUUCACGUGUCCAAUACCACCGAUAUUCUCCACGCCAAAAAAUGCUUGAGACCUAAUGUAACUGAGUGCCGAGAUUGCCGUGGAAUAACGAUAAAAUCCAGACGUGAUAUAAUUAUUAGAACAGUUCAGCGUCUUAUUGAUGUUGCCAAAGGUCAAGAAAAACAAAUUCCACAAACAUUAUUAUACAAAGAAAAAACUGGGCAUGACGGAGCUGGAACAAUGUCAAUCUAUCACAGCCCCAAAAAUCUACAGAGAGAAUCAAAUAUUUUUUCGAAAUUGUUUACACUUUUAAGCCUGACCUCGACGCUGACCGACAACGUUAUAUGGAAAAAUGAAGCUGGAGCCAGAAGAAAAUCAACUACAGAAAGAUGGAAUUCAGUUUGA